AGAUGAAGAGUUUGAUAAAUGCCACUUUCAACUAGGCUUUGAGACUGAGUUUUGUAUAGUUCGAUCUUGGACGGCUCUUAAUCAAGACCCAGCUUUGAAAAUACCUGAAACAGUUUCACUUCCUUCUGCCAGGUGUCUGGAUUCCAUUUUAGUAAGAGUGAUGAAGAGGGAAACUGCAUUCAGAUAACCAGUGAGGUUUCAGGGGAAGUUGUGAGAAGAUGUGUCUGUUAGAUAAGGCCUGAUUUUUAACUUCCCGCCUGUGUUUAUCGAUAAUGAAGAUGAAUUGGUCUUCUUCGGAAGCUGAUCACAGUGAGUACUGCGCAGUCAACGACCAAAUGGAGCCGUUCACUUACUUCUACUACAUGAUCUUCUUGACUGGAAUCAUUGGGAGCUCUGUGGCACUGUGGGCAUUCAAACAGCAUGGCAAAAACAACAGCCAAUGCAUAAACAUUUACCUGCUCAACCUACUAACUUCAGACUUCUUACUGACUCUGGCCUUGCCUUUUAAAAUUGCUGUUGACUUAGGCAUUGCCCCUUGGAAACUGAAGAUCUUCCACUGCCAGUUCUCUGCCUGCCUCAUAUACAUAAACAUGUACGCAUCCAUUACAUUCUUAGCUUUUGUGAGCGUAGAUCGGUACCUUCAGAUAACUCAAAGCUCAAAACUGUUAAGGAUACAGAAUGUGGGAUUUGCUAAAAUGAUGUCUGGAGUCGUGUGGGGUUUGGUGCUGUUCAUCAUGGUCCCGAACAUGCUAAUUCCCAUCAAGACUAUAGAAGAAAAAACUCUGGUCACCUGCGCCGAAUUCAAACAGGAACUUGGGCUCAACUGGCACAUACUUACAAAUUUCAUAUGCAUCGCUAUAUUUCUGAAUGCUUCGGCCGCUAUACUGAUUUCAAAUUGGCUUGUCUUGAAGCGCCUAUGUCGAAAAAGGAACUACGAGAACCACCACAAUGUAAAGCAGGCUAUGUUCAAUAUCCUGGUUGUCACCCUAGGAUAUGUUGUUUGUUUUGUUCCGUACCACAUCGUUCGAACCCCGUACACGUUUACACAGAACAAGGUCAUCACCGACUGCUCGCUGAAGCGCUCGCUGUUUUUAGCCAAGGAAAGUACCUUGCUGCUGUCGGUGCUAAAUCUUUGUUUUGAUCCAGUCCUCUACUACCAUCUCUCACACUCCUUUAGACAAAAGGUCUCUGAGGCAUUCAAGCCACAAAGACAGCCUUCCAAAAAAACACAGUUCCGGCUGAAAAAUGAAACGUGUUCAAUAAAAGAAAAAGAAACCUUAACAACUGUAGAAAAUGACCUAAAAUAAUGUCUUGUUCUAUUUGUUCGCUUUCAUUCUUGGAUGUAUAAAUAAAUCGAGACAUUUUUGCUCUCACAUGACUGUCGUAGUGUUGUACUGAUGUAUAUAAUUGGUGAAUAUUUACAACAAAGUAACUCAUGUGGAUAUUCUGACUACUACCUUAAGAAUUUAAAUGUCAUAUCAUUAUAUUUAGUACUGUAUGAGCAACCAUCAAUACAUCACAUUACAAC